AUGAUCAAUGCCGCGCCAUCAGUUUCGGAGCCCGUUAGGCCCAACGGCCUCCCCCACCACCCCCCUCUUUCCCCCCUUCCCGUCGUUUUACUUAAAUUCCCCGAAAUAUUUACGAAUUUGGAUUUUCAUCAUUCAUGUUAACUAUUUGCGUAAUUAGGCUACCCAUUUUCCACCAAACACUUUACGGUUUUGGACGUCUUAAAACAGAUUAGGGUCAUAAAAAAAAAAUUCGAAUGAGUUGUAUAUUUAGAGAGAUGAGUUUUUUUUAAAAUGCAAGCCACUAAAUUAUUUUUAGGUUUAUUAUUAUUUCGAUUGUACUUGAGGUCCUGAAGAUUAAUCAAAUAUUAUUAUUUAAUGUCUAUUAUUUAUUAUUUAUAUUAAAUUUUAGGUCGGUAAAAUAAGAGAAAACUGAUCUUCCCUCUCUUUUUAAGGACUUAACGACAGAAAAAAAAAGACUGUGAGAGUGGCAGAACCCAAAUCAUAUAUAUUGGAGGGAUUAUUGUAAAAAAUAUUGGAAUUUCUGGCCCGUUGAAAAUCAGUCUUUCGGGCGUUAAGCGGUUCUGACCGACUCAACGGACGGUUUUUCCGUCCGAUUCGCACGUUUGCCGUGCAUAUCUCUUAGCACUUGAUUUAUGAACUAGGGCUUGCUGUAUGAACGAGGAAAGCACAAGCGUAUCUAUGCCGUAGAUUUCAUAUCUGGUGAGGUGAACCGUCCGAUUCGUUUUCGUGCUAGUAUAUAAUCUCGAGAGACGUGAUACGUCGCCUUCGUCUCGAUCUUCUUCGUCCUCAUUGAAAAUUAUCCUCGCCGCCGCUAGGUCUCUCGCUUGAUCUCUAUCUUCUUCACCGUAAAGGGGAAGGAAGCGGCCAUGGGAGCUGGUGGGAAUCUAUUCGGGAGGGCCAUCUCCUAUGUCGUCAACGAGAUCAUCGUCGAGGGGCUCGCCAAUAAGUCCGUAUCCCGGAUUAUCCUCUGGAUCAGCCCAUCCGUUUCUAUUUGAAUUUUUUUUCUUUGAUCCGCAUAUCAUAUGCUUCCAGUUUCAUCAUGAUUCUGUCGAGGUUCUAAUAGACUGGGCGCUUGUAAUCGUUCGUUUCGAUGGUAAGAGUUCUUCUAUCGGUAGAUUCCAUGACCUAGGGUUUUUUUGUGGUGCGGUUUAAGCCAUGGACGGAUCCGGAUAACGCUUCUUUAUCUGGUCGACGGGUAAACCUCCAUUCCCGUUCCGAUUCGUUCCCUUGAAGCAACACUGAAACUACUAGACACUGCCCGAGUUUUUUUGCGCAUCACCAUCUUGAUGCCGCAGCAGGUCGGCGGGAUCCAGAUAUCCCAUCACUUAGUGUUUACGCAUAAGUCAUCGUGCAUACGAAUGUCAUUGUGCAGAUUGUCUGCUUCAUCAUCUAGUCUUUGUGGACGAUUUAUUCCCAAUAGACUCGUUCCCUUGAAGCCAAAUCGCUCGUUGUAUCUAUCGGCGUAGAUUUACUCGACAACCUUCUAUAGCCGUCGAGCAGCUGUUAGCUACAUAUAUUCGUUCUAUCAUCGCAUAUCUGCCAAAUCUGCCAUGAUAUCGGCGUAGAUUUUUACCUUCCAUAUGUCUCGGCGUACGUGCAAACUAUCGCCAUAGUUUUAACCUUUCAUUUUCUCCGUUUUAUGCAGUAAUGAUGAUCCUACAGACCUGUAAUGAUGUUUGCAAACAUGAUUGCGAAAUUUUUGAACAUCUAAGGGACUGAACUGCCCUUAAUAUCCAGUUUUGCAGUUCACUUUUUUGUGACUGCAUUCCGGCAAGCGUACCUAACUAUGAUGGGAUGAUGACUCCAUAGACCUGUACUGAUUGCGGAGAUGACCGCAAAAUAAAACAUCUAAGGGGCUGAUCCAGUUCAUAUAUGAAUAUGUUUUUUUCCCAAUCAAGCGUUGCAAGACAUUCAGGACAUUUUUUUUAGUAAUCAAAUAUUGCUACAUAUUGCUUCAAGUGUCGUCCAUAAAUCUGUACAUGGUUUAGAGGGCAAAUGAUUCUCCGAAGCAAGAAAAAUUUCGAUCCUCUCGCUAUCCAUAGCGGACCUUUUAAUACUGCAUUCGGACGUUGGGGAUCUACAUCCUACAAAAAGAUCAGAUUUUUUUCGUUUGUUUUAUUUCAUAAGAUCAUGAAAUGAAGACCUCAGUGCACUAUUUCAUUUUACCCUGUUUAUUUCUUCGUUUUUAACUCGUUACCACGCUCUUUUAUCAGCCAAUCGUUUCAAAGAUUCGCCGUGAAAACCAGCCGAACCCUUGAGGAGCUGAGCGUUAAGGGUCAGUGGCCAAAGCCCAUAUAUUUCCAUACCUUAAUGGGUAAUCAUCCCGAUGUUCUUUUCUUAUUGACCAUUUUUCUGCUUAUCGCAGCUGAGCAAUCUAAGCGGCAGGUCAUGGAGCACGUGAAGAACACCGUCGAGGUACGAAAUCUCCCUCUCGCCCUUCGUCUUCUUCGCUCUGUACUCCGAUUAGAUGCAGUCUUUUAAUCUUAGCUUGCAUUCUUUACGAUGCAGGCAUCUAGAAACCAGGGGAGCUGA